UAAUUGGUUCUGGAAUUGGCUUCUUGGGGAACAACUGCCAAACAAAUUCCGAGGAAUUUCCAAACGUAGGUUUACCCCAAACCGUAAGCCAAAGACCACCCAGGGUCAAUUGUGCAGAUGGGCAAAUCAGUCUUUUCGUGCGGGCGCCAAAACCAAAACUCUCUCCUCGACAUUUCCAAAGCUCCCCAGUCCCCCCCUCCCAAGUCCCAACUAUUCGAAAUCAAAACUUCAUCAAACCACUUCGAUUUCAUCGAAACCCCAAAGACAAGACGCAACCACAUUUAUAAUCACAACAAACACUUGACAUUUAAAGCAAAACCCAAAUCUUCUCUCCGUCUCCAUUACCCUUUUUCUUCUUCACUUUGAAUUUUAUUAAUAUCUGGUGAUUCAAAUUAAAAAAGAGAUGGUAACAGCUGCAGCUCCUGGCACGUACAUGGCCACUAUUAAGACUUGUAUUUCUUCUUCUUCUUCUCGUAAAAUGCUUGUCUCAGGUGCCAUGAACAUCAGCACUGAGCAUAAAGAGGCACCCUGGACAAGGCUUGCAAGCUCCUCUCACAUCUCAUCAAGGCAGCCAUUCCUCCAGAGGAUUACAUCAGGACCCGUGAAAUUUGAAAAGUUUGUUACGAGAGCUAUGUCUGAGACAAAUGACAACAAACCUUUGCCAGGACUGCCUGUUGAUUUGCGAGGUAAAAGAGCAUUUAUAGCUGGUGUUGCUGAUGACAAUGGAUAUGGUUGGGCAAUAGCAAAAUCUCUUGCUGCUGCUGGAGCUGAAAUUCUUGUUGGGACGUGGGUGCCUGCACUCAACAUAUUUGAGAGCAGUCUAAGACGUGGGAAAUUUGACGAAUCACGCAUAUUGCCGGAUGGAUCGUUAAUGGAAAUCACAAAAGUUUAUCCAAUGGAUGCUGUUUAUGACUGUCCUGAGGAUGUUCCUGAAGAUGUCAAAACAAAUAAACGCUAUUCAGGGUCUUCAAAUUGGACGGUUCAGGAGCUUGUUGAAUCUGUGAAAAAGGAUUUUGGUAGUAUUGACAUUCUUGUUCACUCACUUGCAAAUGGACCAGAGGUAAGCAAACCACUUCUAGAGACAUCAAGAAAUGGAUAUCUUGCUGCCCUAUCUGCAUCAAGUUACUCUUUUAUUUCUAUACUCAAACACUUUCUUCCAAUAAUGAAUCCAGGAGGUGCUUCGAUUUCUCUAACAUACAUUGCUUCUGAAAGAAUAAUCCCAGGAUAUGGUGGAGGCAUGAGUUCAGCUAAGGCUGCUUUGGAGAGUGAUACACGUGUGCUGGCUUUUGAAGCAGGAAGAAAACACAAAGUCAGAGUCAACACAAUAUCUGCAGGCCCAUUGAGGAGUAGAGCUGCGAAAGCAAUUGGAUUCAUUGACAUGAUGAUCGAUUACUCGCUGGCUAAUGCACCCCUACAGAAAGAACUAUCAGCAGAGGAAGUGGGAAAUGCUGCUGCCUUUCUGGCGUCCCCGUUGGCUUCAGCUGUCACUGGAGCUGUUGUCUACGUUGAUAAUGGUCUAAAUGCAAUGGGAGUGGGAGUUGACAGUCCAAUAUUUGCGAAUCUUGACAUUCCAAAAGAUAACUGAAGCUUGGGUUUUAAGACAAGGAAAAGUUUCGCCUCGUAUGGUCUUGAAAUUUUUUAUUUUGCAAAAAUAAAAUGUUCUUUUUCCCAAUCGUUUUACAAGGAAGACAAACAUGUUUAGGCAUCUACCCUUUCAUUGAUAGGGCAAUUAAAUCUGUAGUUCAACCGUUCCAUUUCAAUUUUCUUUUCAACAUCA